GGCUAAAGCAAACAAUUUUUAGGCCCGCGGUGAAACAAAAAUAUGAGAAAAAAAUUUUUAAAAAUUCGUAACAUUGUUUAAAGCCGGAAAAAAAUACGGGAAAGUGAUGUUGAGUGUCCCGCGGCCAUCAAAAAUGGGACACAGCCAAUUCUGCUCACCACCUAGAAGAAUUAGUGAAACUGGCUGAGAACUCUGUACGUGAAGCUGGAAAUAUAGUUUGAUUUUUUUUACAACGGUGAAGUAAAGAUAAGGUUCUAAGAUUUGUGAUUUGCAGAAAGUUGGGGCACAUUGACUACACAAACUAUGGGCCUGAAACAGAUUCCAACUGUGAAAAAUGUUAAUUUCCACAAUGAGUAGAACUAGGAAGAAAAAUCUAAGCAGGUCCUAAAUGCCAAAUGUGUUGAACACAUGAAACUACAUCAGAAAGAAGAAACAGAAGUUUUUUUCUAUCAGUACAACUGGGCAAACACCAAGUGUCCAGUAAUUAGGCCUACAGUAGACUGCGAUGGCCACUGUCAUCCCUGGUGAUCUUUUAGAAGUAACGGAUACUCAGAAGGUUCUAGUGGGAAAACGUAAACGUAGUGAAACCAAAUCCAGAAAAUCCUUUCCUUGUCAGUUGUGUGGAAAGAUCUUCACUAGUGUUGAGAAAUUGAAAGUGCAUUCAUAUUCACACACUGGAGAAAGACCCUACAAGUGUUCACACGAGGACUGUACCAAGGCCUUUGUGUCUAAGUAUAAACUACUGAGGCAUAUGGCCACCCAUUCACCUCAGAAGACCCACAAGUGUACUUACUGUGAGAAAAUGUUCCAUCGUAAAGAUCAUCUAAAGAAUCAUCUGCAAACUCAUGAUCCAAAUAAGGAAGCCUUCAAGUGUGAGGAAUGUGGGAAAAACUACAAUACAAAGCUUGGUUAUAAGCGUCAUUUAGCUCUGCAUGCUGCAACAAGUGGUGACCUUACUUGUAAGGUGUGCUUACAAACAUUUGAAAGCACAGGAGUGUUACUGGAACAUCUGAAGACACAUGCUGGCAAGUCGUCAAGUGGCACAAAGGAAAAAAAACACCAAUGUGACCAUUGUGACCGUUGUUUCUAUACUCGUAAAGAUGUUCGAAGACACAUGGUAGUACAUACAGGAAGAAAAGACUUCCUUUGUCAGUAUUGUGCCCAGAGAUUUGGUCGGAAAGACCACCUGACCCGCCAUAUGAAGAAAAGUCACUCACAGGAACUGCUAAAGGUGAAAACAGAACCAACAGAUUUUAUGGAUCUACUUAGCUCUAAUACUUCAUUGUCAUUAAAAGAUGAGCUAAGUCCAGUGAUGUCAGUAGUUUCCAGUGAAUUGACAACUAGAUCAUUUACAAACACUUUACAAAUGAAUAUUUACAGUGCCCAUAUUCAGACCAUGCAAACAUUAGGGGCAACAAAUCAAAUGGUCUCUACUCCAUUACCUUUAGGAAUAGGUUGCCCACUAGAAAUUGAGACUUCAAUUCGCUCACCUCAAGAACUUUCCUCAAAAUAUUUUCUUGGUUCUACCUCAUAUGCCAUUGCAAUGCCUGAUAAAGGACAACCAUUAAAAAGUGAAAUAGACAGUUACUUAAUGGAUUUACAUAGUGAUUUGCUUCCCCCUGCCCAUGACACUCAAUCAUUCUCAUCAAAACAAGGCAUGGAGUCUCAGCCAGGAUCUUUGGGUGACGGAUCUGGGGAUAUUUUGCUUUCUAAAAGCCCAGCACUGCUCAGUGAACCUCUAAAUACAUCAUCCUUAGACUUUUCUCAGUUAUUAAGUUUCUUACCGUUAAAUAACUCCUCAUACAAUCAGCCAGUUUCUUUGGGCAAUUCUGGUAUGUGUUAUACACAAGAGGAACCUCACACAUCCUUAAUUCCUCUCCCACCCCAGUACCAGGAUUCACAUGAAACUAGUAACAGCAUUGGUCUCAAUGCUCUCCAUCCCUUAUCUACGGUCUUCACAACUAGUUUAAGCACAACAACCCUGCCACGUUUUCACCAGGCUUUUCAGUAGGCAGUGUGAAAUUUCUUAACCAUUUCCUUUUCCAAAUAUUGUUAAACCAGUUAUCCUGAUGAAACAUUAAGGAAUAGGACUGUAAACUCUUUGAUAGCUUGUAACAUCAGUGCUGCUUUGUGAAUGACCACCACAGGCAAACAAGACCAAGAAAAAAUGUAUAAUACACUUGUGUUUAUUUUUGGUCAUGAUAGGAACAUUCUGUUUAGCAGUUGAUUUCUAAUAAUACACAUUGGGAGUAAAUUUGAGUCUAACCCAUCAUCAAUAGACUCACUGACAGACCUAGAUGUUUACAAUAAGAAUUUCAUACAUAAUACCACAGCCCUCAACCCUUUCAUCGCAAUGGUUGUUGAGUUCUAAUUUUAGGCUCUACUGACAUAAUCAGUCUUUCAGAUUCAAGUAUCAGAUAGUGACUGCAAAAUUCACAGUGCUUUAUACCUUUUAAGCAAACUGUAUUCAGUUUUUGAAAAGAUUGCUGCUCUGUAAUAAUUUUGCACAGUUCCAUUUUUUGGAUCUUUUGAAGGUGCAUUGUUGCAUUUAAAAAUGUUUGAACACCAAAAACUUUGGCUAUAUCUAUGCACCAAAGUUGUCUGUUUAUAAUCCAUCGAUAUUAUUUUGAAAAAUGCUGAGGGUUACCUAUCUUUCAACAAAUUUCUUGGUGAAAAAUUUCUUUUAAAAAAAAAUUAAACAUGCCAUCAAAUUUGAUACUGUAGCUACAAAGAUAUGGAAGUUAAUUUUCAACUUCUUGUGAUAGAGUGGCAGUAUAAAUAAGUUAUUCUGAUUUAAAUUGAUUGCAUUAGUUUUAAAUUGUAUGUCAUUUAAUUAAGAUUAUGAAUAAUAGGUCAAAAGUUGAUCAAAAAAGCCACACAUAUAAUUUUUCCAUUUUGAUCUCAAAUGGUACAAAUUCAUCUGUUAGAUUAUUGAUUGUGCCCAACAAAUGUGGAAUUUUCCCUUUAAAUUAAAACAGUUAAGUGAAGACUCAAAUUGCCAAAAGAAAGCACAGUCUUGUGAGAGGAAGAAAUAAUUGGUAAAGGGUAAUAAGCAUUCUAUCAAGAUUUCACUUGCAUUUCUAUUCAUUUCCUUAAGCAAAUUUUCAAAUAAUUUUGAGUUUUAGUUUUACCAUUAUUGCCACAAAUGGCAAAUAAUUAGCUUAAAUAGUGCUUUGAAGAAACCAUUUUCUCAUUAAAAUAACAAUUUUGUCCAUCAUUGUGCAGUGGUCUACUCUUAAUCUGAAGUUAUUCCAUCUGCUUUGAACUAAUUCCUUCAGAGGCUUCCAUUGUUUUCCUGAAUUAUUUUAUUAAUUCACUUCCAUGUGUGCAUUUUAUAAUGUUCAACUUGAUUGUUUCAUUUAUAAAAAUCCAAAAUGCAUGAAAUUGUAAUAAUUUAGAAGGUAAAAGAAAUUGAAAACUUCAGAUUUAUUUUGAACUGAAACCCUCAUCUAUUUUCAACUGAAACCAAUUGUACUUAAGCCUUGUAUUAAAACAGAAAAUGAUGAAAAUAUUCAGCAGGUCAGGCAACAUCUGUGGAGAGAGAAACUAAGUUCAGGGUUGAUCUUUUUUCCUCUUUGUAUGUAUCUCACCUGUAUAUUAGUACUUUAAUUCAGAUAGACAUAUUAGGGAAUUAUUAAUUUGGAUUUAAAUUCCGUUUUGAGCAGUAUUUUGAGGAAUACUAUUUGUUGCAUUGUACUAUUCAGAGUACAUGUGUAAUUUGUUUAUACAGAAAUUUAAUAUUAAUUCUACUGUUCCACAAUAAUCUGUGAGGUCUGUGAUUGUGACUUAGUUAGCUAUUCAAUCCCUGUAGCAAACUGACAAAUAGGACUUUGAAUUUAGUAUAGUAAAACCAUAUUUAAUAAAGCAUUCAUAAGGAUGUGUUACAAUCUAAAUUAUUAGAUGGCUGUUAGCACCCUUUAAGAUGAUACAAAAGGCUUUAUAUGGAAAUACAAACAAGCUAAGAUAAUUGAAUAAUAUGUUAGAAGAAUAUUGGAAGUCAAAUGAAAACAAAAUACUGGAAACUCAUUCUGAUGUGGCGAGAACAGAUAAGUUAAUGUUGAUGUGAAAUUCCUCAGAACGGAGAAAGGAUUUGAAAAGUUGACUUGUCUGUAAUCUCCAUAAAUGCUGAAUGAUUUUAAGUUGGUUGUGCUUUUGUCACAUGGGCUGUUUGAAUUUUAGCUAGUGGAACACUGCUAAACCAAAAUAAAUUAUGCCUAUAAAGAUGGAAUAUAGGGAAGUGCCAAAGGAAAUGUUUAGCUGUGACUUGCAUGCUACCUUAUAUUAGAUCUACAUUUGGUCUCUGCAUUCCUCAUAACAAUUAAGAGCAAAUACUUGAUGUGUUACUUCAUUGCAUCAGUUAUGUUGUGUUAGGUUUUGUGUACAAAUUUUGGUUUCCUUCACAAUUUAUUAUUGACCCAAUAUUUGAAAUAUUGAUCAACCCAAAAUGUUUUCAACUCAGUGGAAAUAUAAAAUUAUUUGUUCUCAGAAGUGAAUUAUUCUUUCCAUAUUCUACAGAUUGAACUCAUUCUUGAGCCUAUAUUGGCCAUACCCCGUUACUUUGAAUGUAAGAGUCAGGUUGCUCGUACUAAAUGAGUUUGGAAUAACAGCUCCCAGUUGUACUCACCUCUGCACAUUUGGUUCCUUUCACUCCAAUAGAACUAAAUCUUGACAGGCAAGUACAGCUGGUGGCCAGUAUUCUCACAAACAUUUAGUACUAGCAAUCAAGGACAAGUUUCUCCCCAUAAACAUUUGGUUUGCUCACUAUGAUUUAAUGUCCUCUUGUCAACUUUACGAAUAAGGCAGCAUGAGUACAAAAUGAAAAGUGCUACUUUGCCAAAACUGAACUUUUGCUAGAAAUUGGUACUUCCAUCUCCUAUUCCAUCAAUGAUUAAGUGGUAUGGUGUUUUUAUUGGGUCAAUUAACAUUUCAGCAGUUUUGUAGUUUAAUUUUGAAUCUUUCUUGUGAAGUUCAAAAACUAUUCAAGCACUGAGAACAUUUUUACUGCUCGUAAUAUUCUGGACCCUAGACUUCAUAGGAUUAGAGAAUAUUAAUGCAGGAGGAGGUUUUUCACUCUCUCAUGUUUGUGCUGGCUCUUUGAAAGAAUACUGUACUACAUCCAUGCUUUUUUGUCUACAACCUUGUAAUGAUUCAGCCUCAAGUGCCUCAAGUCCACCUCUAAGAAAAAAUAAUGGAAUGAACUCCCAUUGUGUUUCCUAUGUUGAUAAGUAAUGACAUCCUUCCCCCCGCCCCGCCCCGCCCUCAAGCUAGAGAGCAUGGUAUUGCAAACCCUUAUCCUUAAAAUCUUUUGGGUCACCUCUUCAUGCACUAUGCUUUUAACUUCUAUAAACUCUACUUAAAUAUAUGUGAUAACAUCACUGUCAACCUCAGUGCUCUUAAAAUUUUGUACCUUUCUUGAAGUAUAGUCCCAGAAUUAUUCACAAUACUGUGUCCUAAUCAGUGAUUAUGUUUGUGUGAUUUCUUUUCUUGUUUGUUCUAUUCCUCCAUUGAAUAAUUAGUGUGCUCUUUCUAAAUGACAAAUUAUCAGCUCAUCAACAUCAGGACAGCUAACUUUUUGUGUUGUCAGUAAUAUCUUCAUAUAUCUAGCUGAGCUCCAUUAUAGUUGGCUGCAAAGUAGAAAAUGACAUACCAUAUGUAUAAACAUACCUAAAAACAAAACAUUGUUAAACACUCAUCUCUUCUAUAUAAACUCUGUCUCUUUUGGAGAGAUAGGAUCACUACAGUUGAUCUGAGUCUCCCUAGUCCAGGAAGAUGUUAAAAUAAUUAGAUUGUAUGUUUCUGAUCAUCUACUCAGUGGAAUUUUCUGGAAAAGUACAGAUAUGGACACAAUCUGAAGAGCUACAAAAUUGAGAACUAGUAGCCUCUCAAAUAAAGGAUUGGCCAUUUAGGAAUUAACUGAGUUUCUUUAAGGGGUUACACAUCAUUGCAAUUACCUAUACUUAGGGACAAUGUAUACUUACUUGCUGAG